AUGAAGUCACAAACAUUAAAUGAGAAACAAAAGGAAGCAUUUAAAGAACUUCUAGAUGAGGAAUUCAAUAAAGUGAAUAUCAUAGGUUUUAAUUCGGGAAAGUUUGAUUUAAAUUUAAUUCUUCGUGAUUUAAACACUGCAAAAUGGAAAAUAAAAUCAAUGCUGGGUUCAUCUUCUCAAUUUAAGCAAAUCAUUGUAAAGAAAACAAACGUUCCAUAUGAAUUGAGAUUUAUUGACAUCAGAAAUUAUAUAGCGGGUGGGACAUUAGACCAAUUCACUCGAGAUUUCGGAAACAAUAAAUCACGUGUUAAAUCCUUUUUCCCUUAUCAAUUCAUCACAUGGGAAAAUUACGAAGAAGAAUUAUAUAAAGAGGAACCAUUCACGAAAGAUUCAUUUUAUUCAGCAUUAACUCAAGAAACUAUAUCAGAUAGUGAUUAUCAAAUAUAUCUCAAUGAUGCUAAAAAUUUUAAGAAUAGAUUAGAAUAUUUUAUUCAUUAUUGCAAUAAAGAUGUUGAAAUUAUGAUUGACCCAAUUGAUAAAAUUAUUGAAGAAACAUUUGUUUAUAAAAUUGACAUGCUUCAUAAUCUUUCUUUAUCAUCGAAUGCAUCAAUGAUUCGUUACGCUUUAGCAUAUAAAGACUUUAAUCCUAACGAAAAAUAUCCAGAAGAAGAAAAUGUGGAAUCAAGUUUUGAAUUAACGAAAAAGUAUUGGAAAUAUAAAAUUGAAUCAUAUAAGAAACAAGAUGAAAAAGCAGAAAGAGAUACUAAAAAUAAUGUUUCAAUGGAUGAUUUUCAAUACUAUCACGAUUUAAUCCUUUCAUCUAAAUGCAAAAUGUGUGGUAAAGC